AUGGAGUUGAGUUUGGGGCGGGCUGGGUGGAUGUGUGAGUCCUGGUGGAGAAGAUCCGUGUGUGUGAGUGCUGGAGCUCUGCUGGCUGCUGCUGUUUACAUCCUGUACGAGCUUCUGUCCAUCAGGAAAGAACAGGAACUCGACUCGACAGACGCCAUCAUCCUCCAUCAGUUCUCUCGACCCAGAACCGGCGCUCCCAGUCUCCAUCCCCUCUGUCUGAAGAUAGAAACUUACCUGAGAAUGGUGGAUCUACCGUAUCAGAAUUAUUUUGAUGGCGGUCUCUCAGCACAGGCUUCCAUGCCGUGGAUGGAGUACAAUCACCAGCGAGUAUCAGGAACAGAGUUUAUGAUUGAGUUUCUGGAGGAGAAGCUGGGAGUGAGUCUCGAUAAGAGUCUGAGUUUGGAAGACAUAGCUGUCGCCCGUACCAUCACCAAACUGGUAGAGGAACAUCUACACUGGACCCUGCUGUACUGUCAGUGGGUGGAGCGGAGGGAUCAGACUGAGCAGAUGAUGGAUAAGUGUGAGUGGAUGAGAUGGACUGUGUGUGAGCUGAAUGGAGGUUUGUUGAAGAACGUGAUGUUUCUCCAGGGCAUCGGACGCUUCAGCACACACCUCAUACACAACCUGCUCGAGAAAGACCUGCGUACCCUCUCCACCCUGCUCGGUGAUAAGAAGUACAUUAUGGGAUUAAAGAUCUCCAGUGUAGAUGCUGCAGUGUUUGGACACGUCGCUCAGGCCAUGUGGACACUACCAGGAUCCAAACCGGAACAACUCAUUAAAGGUGAGCUGAAGAACCUGGCCAGGUACUGUGAGAGGAUCAGGACUGAGUUCUGGCCCGAGUGGAGGGUUGAGUCUGAACACUGGUGUUUGGAAACACUGGACCAGAGUGAAACCGACUCUCCAACAAACUUAUACUCGCCUGACACGGACCGCUCAGGACACUCGCUAUCCGACUCAGACAUGGAGAUCAACCAAUCAGAUACUGAGAAUCUGCUGGAAUCAGAAGACUUUUGACCCCUGAGAGAAGAACGUUAGUUUUAGAGGAGCAGCGUUUGGACUGUGUGAUGGAGAUGAAUUCUGAUCCACAUUCUACACAGAGGAGGAACGCAGCAGUCAGCCGUCAGUCAAACCGACUAGACGGGACUUUACUGAGUCAGACUGUUUCUGCCCUCAUUUAUUUAAGUUUAUGAGUCUGAUGAAGCUUCUGUUCCAUCUUCAUGUCUGAUUAAUGCUGAGAUGGUUUUGGUCUCACAGCAGGUGGAAAUACUGAGCUUUGUUCGUGUUGCAGUUUUUUUAUCACCACACGGUGGCGCCACAUACAGUCAACACAGUCAAGUGAUGAAGCUAAAACUGUUUUUAUUUUUCUCCUUUAAUUCACAUUUAAUCUGAUCUGCUCUCUCACAAUCAACCAAACUAAAAAUAAACUGUGUGAUUAUCA